AUGGCGUCGAGCGGAGAGGACGCCGCGGACGCCAAGUCGGUGGCGGACGCGUUGACGGCGAACGAACGCGCGGCGGUGGAAGCGUUGGAGUCGUUCGGGGUGAUCGGGGGCGUGGAGAAUGGAAGGUCGGGGACGAUGGCGUUCGCCCUGAUGGACGACGCGCGAGUGAAGAAGGGACCGGAUGGGCGCAAGUAUUACGUGUUUUCGUACGAGACGGAGGUGUGCCGGGCGAAAAUCGAAGAAGGAAUGGGAGGGUCGAAAAUCUGCGUCGGGCCGCAAGGGGACGUGCUCGAUAGCAUUCAGCGCCGAAGUCGCGUGGUGGUGACGUUUGUGGGCAAUCGUGUGGUUAAGUUGCACGCGUCGGCGGUGAGCUCGAGGUUCGACGAGGUCGAGGAAAUCAUGAAUCGCGCCGUCGAUAGUUUCGCGCUCAACGUCGUUUGA